UUCCCUUUCCUGUCUGGCUUCAACGGGCAGCGCUGUGUCCCGUGCCGCUGCCUCCUCCUCUCAGCAUCGGAGGCCGCAUGUGUUGGCGCUGUUUUCAAGCCGCCAUCCGGCAGAACUCACUCGCCUCGGGGUAGGGCGGGCGUCGUGUUACUGCAUCCUCGCCGUGUCAAGUUCGCGGGUGCCGCUCAUUUUCGCAUUUGCCCGGAUACCGCAGCCGGUGGUCGUCGCUCUUCUCGGCCGCAACAUGAACGCGUGGUCACUGGAAACCGGCUCGAAGCUACCGCCCCUGGUCCCGGGCAAACUGCGGCUAUACAGCAUGAGGUUCUGUCCGUACGCGCAGCGGGCGCUCCUCAUGCUCAACGCCAAGGGUCUGGACCACGAAGUGGUCAACGUGAACCUGAAUAAGAGGCCCGAGUGGUACUACGACGUGCUUCCCGCGGGUACCGUACCGGUGCUCUACCAGGACGAUAAGGUCAUCAGCGGCUCCAUGCCCAUCGCCGAGUACCUGGAGGAGGCGUACCCGCAGCCGCGUCUCCUGCCCAGCGAUCCGUACCUCAAGGCCCUGGACAGAAGCUUUCUGGACGUGGCAUUGCCCUGUGCGUCUCUGAUCGGCAGCAUCUCGAUGAAGAGGGGAUCGAAAGAAGAGCACUGGGCCAACUUCGUCAAGAAAAUUGGGAUGUUUGAGAAAGAGCUUGGCAAGAGGAAGACGACGUACUUUGGAGGCGACCAGCCUGGCCUGGUGGACUACGUGAUCUGGCCCUCAUUCCCGGCUGCCCGCGCCUACAGUGCAAUAUACCCCGAGCUCAAGAUGCCGGCUGCCGACGAGUUCCCGCUCUUCUCUCGCUGGCUGCAGGCCAUGCGCGAGCACCCGGUGGUGAAGGCCACCGUAAACGAGGACCACGUGUUCCUCUACGCCAAGAGUGGCGUAGACGGAGAACGCGACUACAACGCCGGACUCCAGAAGUAGGACGUCGCGUCGUGUCGUUGAUGAUCGUGCUUUUUUUUUCGUGCAGGUUGCGCAGCCGCAGCCGCACUUAUCUGGAACGCGAGAGGUGGUGCUUUCCGAAGUGUGCGGACGACAAUUGAGGGCACCAGGCGAGCAUUGCCACGUGGGCUCGAGAUGACGUAAAGUUCCGAGCGUGAGAGUGAGAGAGGCAGAAUUUGUUUGAAGGAAGCUAAGGACGUCUGCACGAGCUAGCGAACUCUAGCGCUCUGUGCACAGGUGAAGAGUGUAAGGGUAAUCAAUCCUUAUUUUUCUGGCUAAUUGACCCAGUUAGUAACCAAGUGGCCAAUGUUGCUGCUGGCUUAAAAUAUACACCAAGUUCAAUAUAUCUUGCAAUGUCUCCGCGGUAGUCCGGAGAGCACAGCUCUGGCGCUAUGGAUAAGUUCAGCUGAAGGCUUUACAAUCUUUUUCAUAAGUACGUAGGCCACUUAACGCGUGACCGGAGCACUGUCCUUGGGCCUUGCGGGAGCCAUCCUGUGGGUCACGCUAACUGUCCUGCUCCGGUGCUGAUUCACUGACAGGGGGCUGGUUCCUUCUCGUGCAUGGGAACAACAACAACAAAAAAAAAACAGCGCAGAAAGCAGCGAGCCACUCGGGCACCACGACGCGCCCUAGAGUCACGUGGUCGAGUGCUAGUGACUGGCCUGCGUGCUUUUGACAGAGCUGUAUAUAUAGCGACAAGUGAUGUUGAGCGACGCUGGUGAGCCAACUCUCACUGCAUCUGUGUUUUUGGUUGUUUACAACUCGUAAUAAAAGCAUUGAAAUGAGAAUUAGAAA